CUCGCAGCUUCAUCUGGUGGCUUGUCAGCGGUGGAUGGUUGGACAGCAGCAGCGCCGGUGACACCAAAAUGACAGGCGAUGGAUCAACCAUCAAAAGUCGCAUCAGGAAUUUGCUGCGCUCUCCAGCAGCCAAACACAAGAAGAACAGGAAAGAGAGUCUGGCCGGGAAGGUGACGUUGGAAAAGGUCUUGGGAAUCACUGCUUCAGGGAACAGUGGUCUUGCCUGCGACCCGCGAUCCGGGCUAGUGGCCUACCCUGCAGGUUGUGUGGUCGUCCUGCUGAAUCCCAAGAAGAACAGACAACACCACAUCAUCAACGUUUCAAGAAAGACCAUCACAGCUCUGUCCUUCUCCCCUGACGGCAAGUACUUGGUUACAGGAGAGAGCGGUCACCUACCAGCGGUGAGGCUGUGGGAUGUGGCAGAACGAAGACAGGUGGCAGAGCUGCAGAAGCACAAAUACGGCAUCUCCUGUGUGGCUUUCUCUCCCAACAGCAAGUACAUUGUCAGUGUGGGGAACCAGCAUGACAUGAUGGUCAACGUCUGGGCGUGGAAGAAAGACGUGGUGGUGGCUGCUAACAAGGUGUCCAGUAAGGUGACAGGGGUGUCUUUCUCUGAGGACAGCUCCUACUUUGUAACUGCAGGCAACAGACACGUCAAGUUCUGGUAUCUGGAUCACUGCAAGCCCAUCAAGGCCAGUGCUCCCGUCCCUCUGCUGGGACGCUCAGGGCUGCUGGGAGAGCUGAGGAACAACUUCUUCUGCGACGUGGCCUGUGGACGUGGCUCUCAAUCUGACUCCACCUUCUGCAUCACCUCCUCUGGUCUGCUGUGUGAGUUUAACAGCAAGAGGAUGUUGGACAAGUGGGUGGACCUGCAGACGGGCGUGGCCCAGUCGCUGUCUGUGUCUGAGGAUCUGAUCUUCUGUGGCUGUGCUGAUGGCGUGGUGCGAGCCUUCAGCCCCGCUGACCUGUGCUUUGUCUGCACGCUGCCACGACCGCACCCCGCCGGCACUGACGUCUCUGCCGUCACCGAGGCCAGCCACCUGUUUUCUACCAAGACGACUGCCCGCUACCCAGACUCCAUUGCUGUGACCUAUGACCCUGUCAGCCACUGGCUCAGCUGCGUGUACAAUGACCACAGUGUGUAUGUGUGGGAUGUGCGAGAUGUGUACAGGGUGGGGAAAGUGCACUCUGCCCUCUUCCACACUGCCUGUGUCUGGGAUCUGCAGAUGUUCCCAGAGGUUCCUGAGGGAUCGGACGCUGGCCUGUCAUCAGGCAUGUUCCUCAGUUGCUCAGCUGAUAACACCGUCAGAUUAUGGCGCAUGGACGGCAGCGUGCACACUCACAGUCGUCCCCGAAACAUCCUCAGCAGCGAUCUGCUGAAUAUCAUCCACAUGGACGGACACAGCUCUGCCGCGCUGGAUCCAGAGAGCUCAGUGAGUGCAGAGAGGUCAGGGGAGGGGCCGACAGCGGAGAGCAGGACAGGCAUCCGGACCAUCUGUGUCAGCCCAGACGGCAAACACCUGGCAUCUGGAGAUCGCAAUGGGGUGUUAAGAGUUCAUGACCUCAGCAGCAUGGAGGAGAUUCUGAGAGUGGAGGCCCAUGAUGCUGAAAUCCUCUGUCUGGAGUACUCUAAACCAGAAACAGGUCUGAGGCUGCUGGCCACGGCGAGCAGGGACCGUCUGAUCCACGUCUUGGACGCUGAGGAUGACUACAGUCUGGUGCAGACGCUGGAUGAGCACUCUUCAUCCAUAACAGCCGUCCGCUUUGCCGCCAAUGACAACAAGGUGAGGAUGAUCAGCUGUGGGGCAGAUAAGAGCAUCUAUUUCCACACGGCGCACAGGAGUGACAGCAGGACAGAGUUCAGGCGCUCUCACCAUGUGGUGAGGAAGACCACGCUGUACGACAUGGGUGUCGACCCCACCUGCAAGUACGCUGCUGUCGCUUGCCAGGACCGCUGCAUAAGGAUCUUCAACAUCAGCAGUGGCAAACAGAAGAAGCUGUACAAAGGAUCACUGAGUGAAGAUGGCAGUCUGCUCAGGGUUCAGACAGAUCCCUCUGGUCAGUAUGUGGCCACCAGCUGCUCUGAUAAGAACAUCAGCAUCUUUGACUUCUACACUGGAGAGUGUGUCGCCACCAUGUUCGGACACUCUGAGAUCGUCACUGGGAUGAAGUUUACCAACGACUGCAAACAUCUGAUAUCUGUGUCAGGGGACAGCUGUAUCUUUGUAUGGCGCCUGGCUCCAGAACUGACCAUCAACAUGAGAGAGAGGCUCUGCCAGCUCAGACAAAACCCCAGCACCCCACCCUGCAAGACCGCCAGUCUCCGGCGAGAGCUGUACAGUGCGCCCGCUCUGGGCGGCCUGUCGUCUGACAGCGAUCGAGAGCACGAGGAGGACGGGGCGGAGAUCAACGACCCCAACGACCCGGAAGACAUCGCAGCCAACACUUCCUCUGACAGCAGCCACGGAGAGGAGGACACGGGUGGCUCUGAUGAAGGGCAGGACUGGCAGCUGUCAAAGCAUGGAGGGAGCAGCCCGGCCACUCCUGACUCCACCAAACGUCCUCGGAGGCGCUGGUCCCAUCGAAUGGGUUCCCUGGAACUGAUGGUCAAGUCCAUGCUGGACUUGAGGCAACUGGACACGUUCUCCCACAAAAAAAGUCCUGAGUGCCGCCCUCGUGACAAAGACAAACGGAGCACCUCCAGCCUGCAGGAGCCUGUGCAGCCGUUGGAGGAGCGAGCUAAAAAGCGCCGGGCGUGGCCACAUACCGACUGGCUGUCCUCACACACAUCUAAAGGCACCAAGGGGACCGGGGGAUCUGUGCUCUACCCUGAAAUGCCUGAGGACAGUAUAAGCCUACACGGCAGUGAUUACAUGGUGAAGGAGCUGCGCUGCAGGAUGCAAGGGAAGCGAGGUGGGGAGAGCCAGGACAGCCACAGCCCAGACAGCGCCUGCUCUCUGGGAUAUGACAGCAGGGAGUCCAGCCUUGACUGCGUCCUGGAUGAUUCAGAGGACAUGGAAUCACUGAGCGAGGAUAGCUCUGAUGAGGAGAAUGAAGAGAGGGAGGAGGAGGAGGAGGAGGAAGAGGAGCGGAAGACAGCAGUGACGAGUAUAGAUGAAGCUCUGAGGACAGUGACUGAUGCUCUUGACCAUGGCCAGGAGGAUUUCCUCAGGAGGAACUUUGAGACACUGGCAGACAACAACAACACAACUGAGCAGAGCAGAGUCCCAAGACUCAGCAUGUCUUCACGCUUCCUGGCUAGAGGACACGAUAACAGGAGCGUGCCUCUGUUUGCCAGAGCAUAUGAAAAAGAGCCUGGCAGCCGCUCUGUGAAGCCGCCAGUGUCCAAAGUACGGCCACUGAUGGAAGGGAGCCAGGGCAGAAACACAGAAGACAAGACGCCCAUGUCCCCUGGCAGGAUCAAGGGGCCAAACAGGAUUGAUGCUGGAGCUGCAGAGAGGAACUGCGCUUCCGUCCAGCCCCAGAGGAAGAGGUCAUCAGGCGCCCACUUGUGGAGGCUUUCCAACCCCAAUCUCAGACCUCCGCUGCUGGUGGACAGAGCAGCGAACUUACAGAAAUCCCAGUCUGCCCAGAACCUGUCCAUUCCUCACUCCCCUGUGCCCUCCACUGACAUAGUGGAGGUGCGCCAGAGACCCCAGCAACUUUUCACAAGCCGUGACUCUGUCAGACCUUCCUCCCUUGUUUCCUCACCCUCUUCUGGGUCGCCACCGUCGCCCCAGUCCCCGCUGCCCUGGGAGAGUCCCAGACUGCGGCCCCAGCACUCCUACAUGAACCCCACCACCAGCUCCAUGGCCAAAUGCAGCCGUUCUUCCUCCCUGGGAGAGGGCAUGCAGCUUGCGACGCCGCCUUCCUCCCCGUCCUUCCCAAAGAGCAGCAGGUCAUCUGGCUCGCAGGAGGUCGAGCCUCCCCUCCUCGCCUCCUCACCCAUCUCCGCUUUCCCCGCCCCUCUCUCCUCAUCCAGCAGCCCCUCCCCCUCUCCAACGCCUCUUCCUCCUACCGCCACAGUUUCACCAAGUGCUGGCUUCCCCCUCAAUGCCCCGCCCUCUCGGAUUCCGCUUCCCAAACAGCCACUCGGCCCUCGGCGCAGCCUCGGUCAUGACGUAAAGCUGAAUUUGGAUUGGUGCGGCGGCCAGGCGAGGGCAUCCACUCCUACAGGAGAUCCUGGAUGCGAUGCUGCAUCAGCACUGGGAACCAGACCAGCGCUGGAUCCUGCCCUGCCCAGCCCGCUGCCAGCCAAGCAGAAGAGGGGCUUGGCCUCUGAGAGUGCCAAUGGGACGGGGCGUGUAGCGGUGCCUAAAGAGCGCCCCCUGCUGUCCGUCCAAGCCGUCACACAGGGUGCUGAUCUCCAACCAGAACACUCUAUCACCUUGGAAACUUGCAGGCAGGCCGUCGCCGAGCUUCACAACAGUUUCAGGAGAACUGUCAUGCUCUACACUACGGUGUUGAGCUGCGGCUCAGAGGCCAGAGAAGACCAAGAGGAAGUCCAGAGGGUUCUGUCUGAGGCCCUGAGCCUGGUGCAGGCCGAGCUGCACACUCUGCCCCACCCCACCUCACACCCCGGAGGGGCCCCAGGGAACCUAGGGGUCAAAGGUGAGGGAGACAGGGCCCUGGCUCUGCUGCAGCAGUACUCCGAGCUCCUGCUGAAGUCUGUGGAGAGGAGACUAGACAGCAAAACCUGAGCAGAUGGGAUGAUCCUGCACAAAUGCCAAUAGGAGCCUACACACACACACACGCUCACAUAUUAGCACUGUGAAUUUCCCACUUGUGUUAUUUGCACAGAGAUCUACUGUUGUUUUAUUUGUAGACUGAAAUACAGAUGCAAUGUUAUUAUGUUUGGAGAAUCUGUGAAAUGAAUGCUGAGGAUUUUGCACUGAGGAAAACAACGACUGCGCAGAGUGAAAGACAGAGUUGCCAUAUUUUCCAAGUUUUCAAACUACUAUAGCUCUUCUUUUUGUCUUUUACACUUUUUAAUGCUAAAUUUUCAUAAGCAUCAUCAAGCACCUGGUGUUUGCGAGAUUAAAUGUUAAACUUCAGCACAGUGAACACUGAUUCUCUUUAUGUUUUCAAUAUGACAGUGAGUUUUUUUGUUGUCUGUAUUCAUGCUUUAGAUUUGAUAAAGUUUCCAUAGAGUCGAUUUGAGUGUUUUACUUGGAUUUUGUGUUUUUCUAAGAAAGAUAUUUCUCUGCAUUCUUACUCUUCUACAAUUUCAAACUGUUGUGCUAUUGUCCUUAAAGCUCUUACAAAAUAAACAGUGGAAACAA